CAGAAAGGCAGCCUAUUAUAACAGAGAAUGGUUAUGUAAUGUGUGGAGAACGACGCUGCUCUCUCUGUCUUUCAGGAAACACAGGAAACAUCAGGAAAGGAAGGCAAAGAAGACUCCAUCUGCAACAUGUCUCUCGAUUCCAACAAAAUGGAUUCGUCUUCUCGGCCAAAGCUGUAUGAUUUCCAUGGAGUCGCGAUGACGGACAUUUUCACGGCCAACUGGGAAAACGUUCAAAACUUUCAGGCCAGACCGGAUGAUAUACUUAUAGCUACGUAUCCAAAAGCAGGGACCACAUGGGUCUCCCAAAUCCUUGACAUGCUGUAUUUUGGCCAGAUUUCUCCGGAGCGUUUGAAAACGCUCCCUAUCUACGAGAGAGUGCCUUUUUUGGAGAUGAUGAUCCCAAACGUGGUGACAGGAACAGACCAGGCAGAUAAGCUUCCGACUACCCCUCGACUCAUCAAAACCCAUUUACCGGUGCAGUUUGUGCCAAAGUCCUUUUGGGAGCAGAACUGCCGGAUAAUUUAUGUAGCCCGCAACGCAAAGGACAACAUGGUGUCUUAUUACCACUUUGACUGCAUGAACCUUGUCCAACCCGCGGCUGGAGACUGGAAGAGCUACUUCCAGAAAUUCAUGGAGGGAAAAUUGGUGUUUGGCUCCUGGUAUGACCAUGUGAACGGAUGGUGGAAGAAGAAGCAAACCCAUUCAAACAUUCACUACAUGUUCUAUGAAGAUAUGAUUGAGGACACUGGACGUGAAAUAGACAAACUCUGCAACUUUGUCGGUUUGUCUCCCUCUGUCGAGGAGAAGGAAAAGGUCAGAAGUGAAGUACAGUUUGACAGCAUGAAAAAAAAUGACAUGGCCAACUAUUCCACUCUGCCAGUGAUGGAUUUCAAGGUUUCUCCCUUCAUGCGGAAAGGUAAAGUUGGUGACUGGAAGAAUCACUUCACCGUGGCUCAGAACGAAGAGUUUGAAGAAGACUACAAGAGAAAGAUGACGGACCCUACUCUGCAGCUCCGCUGGGAAAUCUGAACAAUACCGACGACAAAGAGGGUCACGCUCAUUAAAUGUGACUUUUACUGUAAGACAGGAAUAGCUUUGUAAGUUAAAAUGUGAUUAAUGGACGUCAGCUUAUUUUGUGCUGAUUUCAAACAAUAAAAUGUAUGGCCAGUGAUGUAAUGACUGUAAGCUUUAACUACUCAGGUUAGCAAACCCCAUUUUAUAUAUUUGUAAUAAAAGAAUGAUUCUGUUU